CGGAGUGUUAAGUAUUGUUUUCGAACUGGAUAAGCCAUCAAACAAGCCAACCUCUCUUAACAGUGUAUUGAAACUAUCACCAACCAAGACCCAAGCACCAACAACUACCAUCAACACGAAGCCAAAAGCUUCAAGCUUUAGCUAUGGAACAAAACACACUAAAAAGACGUGGCGUUGGCCUCACAGGUGUCGACAAGGAUAAGUCCUUCGGCGGCUACACCCUUUUCUGCCCCCUGACCAGCGACAUAGCUCACCUUGUCGACAUUGACGGCAAAGAAGUUCACUCAUGGAAACUCCCGGGAAGAAUCGGUCGUCAUGCUAGAAUUCUGCCCAAUGGAAACCUUGCUGUCAAUACCCUUCGAACAACUGAGCUUACCACCAAAGACGGAGGACCAUUUCCAUUUCCUUUCUUCAACAAAUAUGGUGGAGGUGUCAUGAGUGAGCUUGACCCAGAUGGAAAAGUGGUUCGUCAGUUCACGGAUGACUUGGGUCAUCAUGAUCAGUAUCAUUAUGGCGAUGGUCGCUUUUUGUAUACGGGUCUUGAGGCUCUGUCUCCUGAGGACUCGGCCAAAGUUAUCGGCGGUGUCCCGGGCAGCGAGAUCGACGGUAUCACUUAUGCCGACACCAUCAAUGAAGUUGACGAGAACGGCAAUCUUGUCUGGCAAUGGAAAGUCUCAGAGCGACUUCCACGAGACGAAUACCCGCUCCAACCUCACUACACGCGAGAGCAUUAUCCACUCAUCAACUCAGUAAUCCCCAUGCGCGACGGCAAACAUAUUCUCGCAUCUCUCAGAUCAGUAUCAGCCGUCAUAAUCAUCGAGAGAUCUACCGGCGACAUUGUCUGGAAACUCGGUCCAGAAAUUCUUGCUCAACAACAUAACGCCACUGAACUUGACAACGGCAACAUUCUCAUCUUUGACAAUGGCGCUUUCCGCAACGGCGAAUCUAUCACCUACACCCGCGCCAUCCAAGUUGACAGACAGACCAAGAAGAUCGUCUGGGAAUAUCGUGAUCGCUCACAGAUGCACAACUUCUUCACACCCUUUAUGGGUAGUGCGCAAAGGUUGGCGAACGGAAACACAUUACUCUGUGAAAGUGCUUUUGGGCGGUUAUUUGAAGUCACCCAGGAUGGAUAUGUUUGCUGGGAAUUUAUCAACCCGCAUUUUGCGCCGUAUCCUGAUCAAGCUACUGCCAAGAUAUUCCCUGGGGAGUCGAAUGCGCUCUUUAGAGCGUAUAGGUAUUCUUUGGAGGAGAUUCCCUGGCUGAAGAAGAAGUUGGCAGGUACUGAUGGAGAAGGGCAGGCUUCAGGAAUGUUGGGGAGCAUAUGUAAGCAGCAAUAACUUAUAAGUAUGUAGGACUAUGUGCAAGAGUUGAUAGAAAUAUUAGCACACUAUUACAGCUCAGUCUCUCAUCAAACAUAGCCAUGUUCUGAGACAAACAUGGAAUGGUCUAUAGAAUGCUCGCCAUCGGCUGUACUGUUCUG